AAUAUGCGGUCUUGCGAGAAGUAAUACAGGAAAUUCAGCGAUAAUUUUCUUAUAUCGUGGAUCAGCAGGGUCUGUCAUCAGUUUUAGCAAGAUGAUAUGUACGCAUUGCGAAUAGAUUUUUCUGAAUCAUGUCGUUUAGUUUAAUGCAACGAUUGAAAAAUAACGAAUUUUCUGUUGAGCUUAAUGGCAUAAAGGUUGAGUUAACGAGAAGACUGUGGUUCUUAAGUUUUGUGUUUACGGUGUUGAUUUCUAUUUUUAUUAUUUAUGGGAUUUAUAACGCAUAUCAACCAGAAAGAGGAGUGCUGCGUGAGGGAAACGUUACGAUCGAAUAUGAAAUCAAACUAGAUUACCAAAAAACCCCAAAGGAGAGGGAGCGCGAUAAACUAUUGAUUGAAUAUGCAUCAGCAACGAGAACUUUGGUAAAAGUUUUACAAAGGCCAGCAGUUCAGCGUGCACCAGAUGUCAUUGGAAUCGGGGUUGAGAAGUGUGGAACAGGUGCUCUUAGGGCUUUACUUCGUAUGCACCCGAUGAUCAAAGUAUCACCCAGAGAACCUCACUUCUUUGAACGACCGUAUUUAUAUAAGUUGGGCCUAAAAGCAUACACACCUAUGUUGGCCAAAGUUUUACCUCACGAAAUAUCAUUUGAAAAAACACCGGCCUACUUCAACUGGAACCUCGCGGCACCAGAACAUCUUCGGGAACUUGUUCCUCACGCCAAACUUUUACUUGUUUUGUGCAAUCCUACCGAAAGAACAUAUUCAGAUUAUGCUCAGGAGAUAAUGAUGGGUCAUCUCAAUAAAAACACAACGUUUGAACAAAUGGUUGAUGAUCUUCUUGUCUACUCCGCUAAUUUAACAGCAAAAAUGAAUGAAAGUGGAACGGAAAUGGCAUAUAUUGAGCAGUUAUUUAAAAAAGAGAGUACUAGCCAUAUACUAACAACUGGAUUGUAUUACUACCAUUUACUAAGAUGGUAUCAAGUGUUCAACAUGAGCCAUAUCUACAUUGUAGACGGUGAGGAACUUAUAUCUAAUCCUGCUAAAGUCAUAAAAGAGGUUCAAGACUUUCUUCACAUUCCAGAGUUCGUCUUACCAGAAAAUAUUCCGAAGGGACCGUACGGAUUUUCUUGCUUUGCCAAACCUUUAGUUGUAGAAAGAAACGGCGUUUUAGUCGCUGGAACAGCACGUAUUUAUUGUAUGACUGGAAAGGGAAGGACUAGAAAAGGAGCAUGGGGUGUCGCGAACCCCGAAUAUUUGGAAAAACUGCGCUCAUUUUUUGCACCAUUCAAUGAAAAACUUUAUAAACUACUCGGUCGUAGAUUUAAUUGGUGACGAUUGAUAAAAAUUUAUUUCAACUGCCUCAUCCAGCACAUACUAUAGGCUCUAGAAAUUAUACCUCUUGAUUUAUAGCAUUAAAAAUAUUCUAUGAUAAUAAAAUAUUAAAUUUGUUAGUAUUGGAUUACUCGCUCGCUUCCAUGACCAUGUGCUAGAAAACUCUUCUCAGUUUCCAACUAACUCGACUCCAACCAGCACAAGAUAUUUGUACAUGUAAGACAUGUAGGCCUAAAAGUAAUAAAUGGUUUCAUUGAGAAAACGGGCAUGUUGGAAAUACUCUAUUACAUGCCUCAAUACCAACAUUUUUAUGCCAUAUAGUCAAGUUAAUAAGGUUUAGUCACUUUAAUAUUGUGAACUAUAUUCAAAACUGCUGAAUUCCCAACAACAAUUAUCGUGUCACUAUUUUACUGAACAUUUACUGUCCACUUUGAAUAUGCCCGCCCAUGAAGGAAAUAUUUUGGAGGCAGACAUGACAUAUAAAUUAAUGCGAUUUCUGAGUUUUCAAAUUCCAUGGGUUAUUUGUGCUCUUUACUUCGACAAAAUAUUUUCAAAUUUCUUUGUCAAAGAGAAAGUAGUAUUCUGCCAAUAACCUACAAAAGUGUAGAAUAAUCAACACCCUAAUUUUAUUGCCUAAUAUUAAAUUUUCCAGUAUGCAAUAAUAAUUUUAAAAUGAGACCCCUUCAAUUACUUCAGUAUAAGAAGAUAAUAAUUAAAAACCUGAAUCCGACGUGACGUAGUUACAGAGAUGUGCAUUCUCUUUUACUACAAAUUUUGAAGCUAUGUUGUUUAAAGUUUGAGGUACCUUUACGAGGGUUUGCUGAAUUAAAUUUAAAAAAAAAACGCAAAAGAAACUAAAUAUGAAAUAUACAGCAGUUCUUUAAUGUUGCAUGAUUCAUCCAUCCACAAUUGAAACCUAGAAUUUAAAAAAAUAUAUAAUGAAAAUUUUAAAGUGAUUAGUAAACUUGCUUUACCGAA